AUGUUUAAAGAAAUUAUUUUAUUUAUUUGUGUAUUAUUGGUGACUGGUACCAUUGUCAAUGGUCAAAAUUGUAAUAAAGUAACAAAAUUGGGUUGUGUAGGUUUAAAUGAAGAAUGUAAUGAAGAAAAUGUUUGUGUUUAUGGAUUGGGAUGUUUACAAAAUCCAAUGUAUCCAAAUAACAAACCACCAAUGAGUGUUGAAGCAUCGGCUGUUGACAAUAGUCAAAACUUUAGUCCAGUUCCAGCAACCAUUUGUCAACUUUUGGGUAACAUUGGUGACCCAUGCGCCAAUAGUGAUUAUUGUAAGAUGCCACUUGUCUGUACCUCUGCUUCCUCUGGUAAUACCAAAACUUGUCAACAAGUUGAAUAUCAACAAUUAGGUGGUGAUUGUGGAUCAGAUACAGAUUGUAUGGAAACAUUGGAAUGUUCACCAUUUGAAAAAGUUUGUAUUCCAUCAUUGUCUGAUUCCAAUGUAAGAAAUGGUCAUCAAUGUCUUUAUGAUAUCCAGUGUCCAUACAAUAUGUAUUGUAAUACCACCAUGACCCAAUUUAGAUGUAUCGACCGUGCCACUGUUGGACAACAAUGCGGUAGCAUCAUGGGUGAAGCAUUGGCCGUCAAAUGUCAGGAACACCUUCUUUGUACCGUCACUGAAAUGAUCGAUGGCAACAGCACCUGUGUUGAACCAUUCUCUUUGGCUGAGGGUUCCGUUUGCUCUACUAAUAACCAGAAUCUCCAAGGCGUCAAUGGUAUGUUUUUGUCACCUUGCAAGGCAUCGGUUUGCAAUGGUACCCAAUGUGUCGUUCCCCAAUGGACCAUGCCAAGCAUGAAUUGCUCCGACAAUGAAACUAAUCCAAUGGGAUGUGGUCAAUUCGAGUCGUGUACUUGCACCAAUGACACCUACAGUGGUGUAUGUGAUGCAGAGUUUACCCCCACAUCUGAUGUCUUCUCGCAAUGCACUCAAAUGUCAUCAGACUUUAUCCAAUGUGCCGUCGACAAUAAGUGCCAGUCCAUGUACCAAGCCUCGCUCUUGCCAUCGUCUUGUAUCAUGGAGAACUGUGGCUCCCACGUCUGCGACAUUCAGGCCAAGUGUAUCUAUGCCUCACCAAACCAAGCUCCAAUGUGCUCAGAGGCUGGUUUCUCUUUGGACAAGUAUGGUGUAUGUCAGAAUCAUGCUAGUGCUGCAGACUCGAUCCGUGUCGUCUCUUCUCUUUCAUUUAACGAAAAUUUUAAUAUAAAUAAAAUUGAGAGUAGAACAAGAAUAUCAUGGGCAAAGGAAGCAGUAACAAAAAAAGAUCAAUAA